GCUCCCAUGCGCGCUGCGCCGCCGCCGCUGCUCCCCGCGCUCUGCCUGGCGCUGGCGGCCGCCGCAGGAGCCGCAGGCUGCACCUUUUGUUUCUGCAGUUCCUGAGGGUUGAUCUGUCCUGUCUGCUGACUCUGACUGGCAGCAGCUUUAGCUCUUGCCCCUGUUCUUUGCCUCUGGUUUUGUUGGUGAGGAUAUCACAGUGAUGUCUGCAUUCAACCUGCUGCAUUUGGUGACAAAGAGCCAGCCAGUGGCCCUGCGAGCCUGUGGGCUUCCCUCAGUUUUCCGUAAUGUGUAUCACCAGAGAUGUACUACUCCAGAAGUCUGUUCACAUGGUCCAAAAGAAAAUAAAAGGUCAUGUAGGGAUAAAAAGGACUGUAAGGUGGUCUUUUCCCAGGAGGAGCUGAGGAAGCGGCUGACACCCCUGCAGUACCAUGUCACUCAGGAGAAGGGGACUGAAAGUGCCUUUGAGGGGGAGUACACACACCAUAAAGCUCAAGGAAUAUACAAAUGUGUUGUUUGUGGAACUCCUUUAUUCAAGUCAGAAACAAAGUUUGACUCCAAUUCAGGUUGGCCUUCCUUUUAUGAUGUGAUCAGUCCUGAUGUAAUUGCUUUCAACGAUGAUUUCUCCUAUGGGAUGCAUCGGAUUGAGAUAUCCUGCAGUCAGUGUGGUGCUCACCUGGGGCACAUUUUUGAUGAUGGACCUCGCCCAACUGGCAAACGGUACUGCACAAACUCUGCUUCAUUAUCUUUCAAGCCAGCAGACAAGAGCAACGCUGGAGAAGGCAGUGUUAAUGCCAGUCCUGCCCCAACAGGCAAAGCUGAGCUGUAGGAUGAAGCAAAACCUGCAGAAAACUGCGUUGAUCCCACACAGCUUACAAGGAAUGUUUUCUAAUUUUCAAGUUGCCUGCUCUCUUAUAUCCUAAGAAUGUUCAAAUGUAUGAAAGCAUUUUGCACCAUCCUUCUUCUUCCUCACCUUUUCAGAACUGAGGCCUUUCCUGCCAGUGCAUUUACCGUAUAAUUGGAUUGAAAAAUGUAUUGACUGAGUCCACAAGUUUUCUUUUUUCUUGUUUUCUUUGAGAUUGCUUUGGGGAAUCUUUAAAUUGAGAGGCUUUGACAUCAUUAGUUAUUAGUUUCUUCUUGAUACUGUGUUAUUCUAGGUUUACACGCUAUUCCUUUUUGUGUGGGAAAUGGGACUUGCGUUUAUCUCUAGUCCAUAGGAAACUUCUGGGCAUAAGAAAAUCCUGAAUUCCUAGCACAUCUCUGCUUUGUUCUGACUUGUGAGGCAUGCAGCCUUUGGUCAUAUGUAUCCAACCAUCUCUCAGCAUCGGCCGCACCUUGCAAAAACUUGUAGUUAUGGCUGUUCCUUCUUAACUGAAAGAGAUGGAUGAGAUGUUAAAAGCAUCCUUUGGCUAAUUUACUGCCAAAAUUUCAAAGGUGUGGUUGAGAGGAUGUAAACAUUGUCUCAGCAUCUGUGUUUCCCCUUUGUUUGGUAUUUAAAUCAAGGUUUUAACUAGUAAGGUUCACUUUUGCAGGCUACUAAUGAGGCUUUGUCUGUUCGUGAGGCCUAUUCAACAAGUGUAAUGCAAAUCUGAAUUAAAGUUGAAAUCUGCAGGGGGUAAUUAUAUGGGCAAGUGCAGAGAUAAACUUGCAAAGUGAAGUAGAUGAAGGAUGACACUAGGCUCUUUAUCUUGUCGGUUGCUACAAGGAUUCAGAAACAUGACAGUUUCUGCUAGAGAGAAGUUUAGGAAUGAAUGCAGUAGAAAGAGAGAGACCCUCCUGACACAUCCAGUUUUAAAGAUUAAUUUGUCUGGAUGCAUACUGCAUAUGAGAUCCAGCCUUUAAUUUGUGCAAUGGCAAUGUAGUGGCAUGAGUGACAGUGUUGGUGUAAGAAAUAAAUUCAAAAAAAGUCUGUCACAGUUCCAGAAAUUUUCAUGUAGCAAAAUUCAUUGUCCCAUGAGAUGUUUUUCACAGCUGCUUUUCGAUUUUUUUUAAUAACACUUAGAAUUGUGCAUAAUACCGUUCUUUAAGCUAUACUACACAGUAUUUGCUACACUUUGCCUUUAAACACUGAGAGACUUAAUGAAUAUGGUAUUUACUUCUACUAGCAAACUUUGUGACUAACAUGUUUGGAUCCAAUUUUAUUUUUAGUAGGAACAAAGCAACCACUGAUUUUUAUGGAAGCAGGAUUGAGGUUUUUAUGUCAGUGAUAAUAAACAUACUAUCUAAAGUUCAAACACCCUUCAGUUAAAAUAUAGCUACUGUGAAAGCAUAUGGAAUGGUCAUAAUUGCCUUUUUUUUUAGCAACAUUAGAAGAACAUGAAAUCAUAUUAAAAAGGCAGCAUCUAUAAAAAUAUCGUACAUAAAUGUGGUUUAAUUCCAGAUUGCUGUUCAAUUUAAGUAUUAUCAAAUUUCAGUAUAUUCCUGCCUUAUGUUAAAGAAAUCUAUUACUUAAGCUUCAGAACACAGUAAUAUAUGCUGUCCUACAGGAGAUUUAUUUUUGCAGGAUAUGGAAUGCAAUGAAAUGAAUCAAUAUGGUGAGGUGUAUGUGAUCUCUGGGAGUUAGAUCAUUUAAUAUAGGAAAUGCAUUGUUCUUGUGCACAAGCUAUACCACAGUGCAGUGCAAGGUAAGAUAGAUUUCCUUUUAUUGCUCUUAGAAGAUGCUAGUAAGGGCUAGUAUUGAACCCUCCAAGUUUCGUUCAGUCUGGUGAUGAUCAUGACAGAGGAAACGUGGGAGCUGAGCACAAUGUAUAGAAUAAUAGAAUAUUUCUGUAUGGUUAAAUUUUGCACUCUCUAGAUGCUUAUAAAAACUGAAUGCAAACUGUGUAGAAAUAGCAAACUAUAUUUUCUAAUAUCUCUAUUUUAAAUAUGAUGUUUAAAUAAGAUACCUUAAAAAUCAUGUAAGUCACACGUUAUUUAUAUAUACUAUAUAUAUAUAUAUAUAUAAAAUUGCACAUGUUUUUAUAUAUAUAUGUACACACACAUAUAUUAUUUGAGUAUAAUUUUAGCCUUCUGUACCUUUAUAAUAACUAAAACCUUUCCAUAAGAGGGUUCAAUACUUUUAAGAAAUCAAAUAUACAUUUUUCAAAUCAAAUUUGUUUUCAUAUAUUUGCUGUACACAAAUAUAAAAUAAAUUUCUUUAUAAAUAA